CACAAACAUCGAUACGUUAAUACAAGUACGCGAAAAGAUGCUCGCAAAAGCAUUGUUGAAAGUAGCAAAACAACAGAAUGGAGUGACCUGACUCCCGCGGAAAAAGCUGCUGGUGCUGCAAAAGCUACAAUAAACUUGGGAAUAGUUGCAUUGGGAGUUGGAGUUUUUGGUACACUUGUUUAUUUAUUGUUUUCCGAGCUCUUCGGUGCAAAUAGCUCAACUAAGAUCUUUGGAGAAGCAUUAGAAAAAAUUAGGGCGAAUUCCGAAUGUCAGAAACUACUUGGGACUCCUAUAAAGGGUCAUGGAGAACCUAGUUCACAUCCCAGACAGCGAAGGCACAGAGUCGGCUCUCAAAUUGUCAAGGAUACCAACGGCACAGAGCAUCUACUUAUGAAAUUCUAUGUUGAAGGACCGGAAAACGAAGGAAUCGCUAUACUUGAUAUGAUUAAAAAUCAGCAAGGAAAAUGGGCUUAUAAAUAUCUAAUAGUUGAUGUAGCAGUUUCAGCAAGGGGAAUACGAAGAGAGCAAAAAAUAUUUGUUGAAUCUAAUGCUGACGGUGGUAAUGACAUUGAGAAGAAAAAGUGA